AUGUAUCGGAAGUUGUCUAAGUUAGAACACUCGGAAAUAAAACAACUUCUUACAGAAGCUAAUAUAGAUGUUGCAAAGCAUUACGCAACAAACAAAAAAGCACUCGCUGACUUCAUUAAAGACUAUAAUGGUGCAAUAAGUUAUGAUAGAAUUCAUGAGUUCAUAAAGCCGCAACGCGGCGAGGACGAAGUCCAUGCAAGAGCAUUUCCUUUAAAUGACAUUGCUAUUGACUUAUAUCAUAGACGUUCAGUACCUCAUGAAGUAAGAAGAGAGAUGUUUGACAUAACAAAUGCAAACGUUGGUGAAACACGAAAGAGAGAUGACACACUGAAACAACAGAGAAGAGAGAUGUUUAAAAGUGCUAUAGAACAAGUUCGCAAAGCUAACGAUGUCAUUCGUUCCAUUGACGACAAACCAAAAGAAGGUGAGAGAUGGUUAAAGAAAGAUGAAGAGAAUAGGAAGAGAAAUGUGAAGUCAGGCAAUAGACUCAUUGACUUUAACAUCGAAGCUUUAGAUGAACCAAACAGAGACUACUUACACAAACAUUUCGGUAAGGUUUUCAUGAGACUCUUAGAGAAAAUUAAAAUAAACUCGCAACAGAGAUGGAUGGUAUGUUAUAAACUUGGUGGAAAGUAUGAAUGUUCUACGUUAAACCUCAAUAAUAUUGGAACAUUACUACAUCAGCUCUUGAAGGAGAACUUUAUAUCAGAGAUAGAAGCAAAUGCUGCAGGUAUUGUUGAAAUGCACUAUGACUUCUUCUUGACAAACAUAAAGAAUCUUACCGAAAUAAAGAUGUAUGAUUUAACAGAAUAUGAAGGCUUAACGAUGUCAGAUGUAAAGAAAGGCAAACCAAAAAAGAGACCAUAUAGAGAUGAAAGCACACUGACAAAUGACCAGAAAGCCAUUUUGGAAGCUCUUAAGCAAACAGGAAACCCAGCACUUAUAGAAAGCUUUUGGAAAGAUAAUGGUGAAAAGAAGUUUUAUAAGAAGAGAAGCGGUCAGUUCUGGAAGUAUCUUUGC